AUGUUAGAGCUUGUAGAAAAGUUAACAGCAUGCGUUCUUGAGGAAGAUAAAAAAACAGAAUAUGCAUUAUUUCGUACAUCAGUUUCCAAAGCUGCCUUAGUUGCAACAGCUGACACUAUUCUUCCAAAUGUCUGUAAA